AGAUGCCUGUUUCUUAUGGAGCGGCGAUUUCCAGAUUUCCCUCAUUUAUUAAACGUCUACGCAAGAAAACACACCCGUAAUUCUUCAACCCCCGCUGCCUUGCGGCGGAAGAAGUGAAAAUCACCAGAUAGAAGAAGGACAAAUCACCAAAAACCCUGCGUCCAAUCCCCCAGACCUCCCGUCCGUUCCACCCCACCGCCUUGCCGAGCAAGCAGAUACCGCCGCCGCCGUCCACACCGUACGUCGUGAUGGCGCCAGUGCCGAAUCCGGAGGAGGGGAGGGAGCUCUACGCGCUGCUGCACCUGUCGCCGGAAUCCUCCGACGAGGAAAUCCGCAGGGCGUACCGCCAGUACGCGCAAAUCUACCACCCUGACAAGUACCAGGACCCUCAGAUGAAGGAUGUAGCCACUGAAAACUUUCAACGAAUACGUGAUGCUUAUGAGAUACUAUCAGAUGAGAACAAAAGACAGAUCUAUGAUAUCUAUGGUAUGGAAGGUUUAAAUUCUGGCCUGGAACUUGGUCCCAAGCUAAAUAAACCUGAGGAAAUCAAAGAAGAGCUAGAACGGCUGCGACGCCGUAAAGAGGAAGCGAAAAUUUUCAUCCAUUCUUGGUCCAUUGGGUCAAUCAUCGCUAAUAUGUCACUGCCACAAUAUUUAGAUGGCGAUGGCAUCAUGAGAGGAAUGGGAAUGUCUAGCCAAGUUCAGCUGCCGAUAUCGAAGCAAAACACUGUUACUGUUGGUGGAAAUUUGGUUGUCGAUGGUACAAAGGGAACCAGUGCAGCAAGCGCUGUGCUGCGGCACGAGUUGUCUCCAGCGUCGUCGAUAGAGUUUAUGGCAACAGCUGGACUACGUUCCCUUAUUGGAGUACAUACAUCUCGUCAGAUUUCGCCAAAUUCAUCAGCAACUUCCGGGCUUGCUCUCUCAUUGAGAGAUGGAUCUGUCAACCUGUCAAAUGCCUGGACUCGCCAGUUAUCUGAAGAUACUGUUGGAAAUAUAGAACUUAACCUUGGUACUGAAUCAAGUAUAUCUGUCGGAUGGCAAAAGAAGAAUGAGAAAAGGUCUGCAGUGGGAGAAGUAAAGCUUGGUGCUAAUUAUUUUGGUGCAUCUGCUCAUUAUACCCAUCAUUUCUCCUCCAAGUCCCAUGGUCGUGUUGCUGGUAGAGUUGGAAGCACGGCCCUUGAUUUUGAAAUUGGAGGAGGAAGGCAGAUAUCCGAAUUCAGUACUGUGAGGAUGCUCUAUAAUAUAGGAAUUCAGGGUGUCUCUUGGAGAUUUGAGUUAAAGCGUGCUGGGAAAAAGUUAGUUAUCCCAGUCUUGCUUUCAACUGACUUCAAUGCAUUAUUUGUCACUGGUGCAUUUGCUAUUCCUUCAACACUAUAUUUUCUGCUUCAGACAUAUGUGGUGAAGCCUUACUAUCUAAAGCGAGAAAAGCAGAAGACACUUGAAAAGAUGGAUAGCUUGUCAACACAGCUAACAGAAGCUAGACAGGCAGCCAAAAAAGCUCAAAGGUUACUGGAACCUGUCUCCAAUCGCAAGAAGAAUAAACAGCUGGAGAAUGAUGGUUUGGUCAUUACAAAAGCUUUGUAUGGCAAUCCUAGAAAAAUCAAAGAGAGCAGUGAACUGAGUGAGAUAAACGAUGAUGUGGCUUCGCAAGUAUUUGAUGUUACGAUCCCACUGAACUUCCUUGUGACCGAGGCAGGUCAGCUCAAGCUUCAUGAGGGGAUAAAGAAGUCCGGAAUAAUGGGCUUCUAUGAUCCUUGCCCUGGAGAUCCGAAGCUACUGCUUGUCGAAUACACAUUUCAUGGUCAGCAAUACAAGGCCACAGCAGAUGAUUACAGUGCGCUGUUGAUACCACAAGAAAUUCAUCAAAUUUGACCUGACACUGACCCAAAGUAGUAUUCAAACAACUUUUCAGUUGCAUGUAAUCACUGUAGUUUUUUUCGUGUGCUGGUGUAUUCUUUCUUUUCUUAGGCAUAAUUUCUUUAUGUGGCCCAUUUUGUUUACAAGCCUGGGUUUGUGCCACUAGGUAGUGAUACGUGGCCCAUGUCCCGACAGUAGCUGAAGUCAAUAAAAGGUUUACUACAUCAGCGCUCCGUCUCCACUCCACUAGGUACAAGUAUAUCCUGAACUAGCUAAAUGCACUGCAUUGUUGCGGAAUCAAAAUUAUGUAUGCAUGAGUUGUUUAGAUGCUUGUGCUUUGGAUUUGUGCCAAAUAUUCACUCCUUCCACUUA